GCUGACUCGGCUUUCAGCAGCAGCGACUGUAAUCAAAACAGAGGAGUGUUUAUUUAUUUAUUUUUAUUUAUUUAUUGUUUACUUGUUUAGAAGGAAGAACAUAGGAAAUAAUUGUAAUUACAAUGAAGCCUCUUGAUUCAAAAUCUCGCUGAACGACUUGUUGCUGUUGUUUUCUUUUAAAAAUUCUUUCCUACCGACUUCUUACUUUUCCAGCAUGGAUGCUGAGGGCCCCCAGGCGCUGUGCGACCUCUGCUUGGCUCAGGUGUGCUGCAGCCUGGACGCUCUGUGCAGCGUACGAGCAGACGGCUCCAUGAGCCUCAUCUGGGCCCCGCUGUUCCCACAGGAGAUGGCCGACCAGCUACUGCAGAAGAUGACAACUAAAGGGAUACUGAAUGACACGACAGUUGGGAUUUUCCGAAACUGCAAAGAGCUUCGUCUGCGCCGAGCCUCCAUUCGAUCCUCUCCGGUGUCUGCAGAAGCUUUCCGUUUGGCUCUCUGUCCUCACCGGCUCCUGGAACUAGACGCCUCCUGGGUUUCUGGUGGUUUAACCGGGGCAGACAUCAUCUCAGGCCUGGCCUCCAACCCCGAGUGCAGGUUGAGCCUGCAGAGGUUGUCCCUCAGUGGGUUACGUCUGGACUGGGAGUCUCUGGAGGAGGAUGGUGGAGUCCGUGUGGGCUUCAGCUCCCUGCAGGGCCUCAGGAUGCUCAACGUUGCCAACACGGACGUAAAUGAUGCUGUCCUGGAGGAUAUCUGUACCCUACCUCACCUGGAGACUCUGGAUAUCUCCUGCAGUGCCAUCUCAAAGCUUACAGCUCUCCUCAAGUGCAACAGCACCCUGAGAUUCUUAAUCGCCCACAAGCUGCAGCAGUUGGAUAUGUCGCCUGCCAGGUUGCUCUUUGUCUUCAACCAGCUUCACGCUCUCAGACACCUGGACUUCUCCGACGACCACUUUGCCGUGGAUGACAGUGAUGGACGAGUUGGAGAUGAGACAGUGCGGCAGCUUCUGGAGGGGAGUCCCGAGGUCCUACCAUCACUUGUUUCUUUAGAUAUCUCCGGGCGGAAGAGAAUCAGUGAAGCUGCAAUCGGAGCCUUUGUGCAGUCCAGGAGCGGACUGGUCUUCUUGGGCCUGCUGGCCACCGGGGUUAGCUCCUGUGACGUCCUUUCUUCCAAGAAAAACCUCAAAAUAACUGGAGAGGCUGAUGAGAACCAGGUGUGUGAGGCGCUCAGGAGGUACAGAGACCAGGAGUGUUUCAUACGAGAGGCCCUCGUCCAUCUCUACAAUCUAACCACCGACGCUGACAAACCACAGCCAGACAUGCUGAAGCUGGUGGUGAGUGCGAUGCAGAGCCAUCCCACCUCCCUGCACGUCCACCUGGUGGCCACAGCUUGUGUGUUCAACCUGACCACUCAGGAUCUGGCCGAGGCCAUGUCGGUCAGCCUGCUCAGCUCCACCAUCGCUCAGCUGCUGUACGCCAUGAAGACAUUCCCCAACCACCACCAGGUCCAAAAGAACUGUCUGCUGGCACUCUGCAGUGACUAUAUCCUUCAGGAUGUUCCUUUUGACAAGUAUUUAGCCGCCACGCUGGUGAUUAACUGGCUGAGCAGCCACGAGGAUCCGACCCUUCAGAGGAUGGCUGUGGCUGUCAUCUCCAUUCUGGUGGCCAAGUUGUCCACAGAGGAGACGGCACAGCUCAGCAAGGACGUCUUUAUUAUGAAGCAGCUGCUGGCUAUAGUGCAGCAGAAAGCCAUGGUGGGAGUGGUAGACUCCACUCUGAAGUUUGCCCUGAGUGCUCUGUGGAACCUGACAGAUGAGAUGCCGGCAGCUGCUCGCAACUUCAUCGAAUGCCAGGGCUUGGAGCUGUACGAGGAGGUUUUGGAGUCCUACUACAGUGAACCUUCUAUUCAGCAGAAAGUUCUUGGCCUUCUGAACAACAUAGCAGAGGUGGAGGAACUGCAGGCUGACCUGAUGGAGGAGGACCUUUUGGAGCACAUCCUCAGUCUCCUGCAGGACUCCCAGGUGGAGGUGGGGGUCCGGUAUUUUGCAGGAGGGAUUCUGGCGCAUCUCUCCUCCAGAGCAGAGGCCUGGACCCUGGAAGGCGAGCUCCGAACCACCAUACUGGAGCAGCUGCAUGAUUCCAUAAUGACCUGGACCCAGCUGGAGAGAGAAAUGGUGUCUUACAGGUCAUUCCAUCCAUUUUGCCCUCUGCUUCAGCCUUGUCAACCCUCAGGAGUGCAGCUGUGGGCAGUCUGGGCCAUACAUCUGGUCUGCAGUCAAAACACUUCACAUUACAGCAGCAUGCUGGAGAUGGAGGGCCUGACUGAACUUCUUAAAGCUCUGACUGCACAUCCCGACACGCACAGCGAUGUUAAAGGACUGUCAGACAGGAUCUUGUGUAUGGUGGAGCAAUACCAGAGUCACUCGGGAGCAUUCAAGAGCCAGACGGAGCCUCGAAACUCUUGACGAAAUUGUAAAGAAAUAGAUUUUAUUUCAUUUAAUGUCUUUGAGCUGCGUCUAAGAUGCACUAGAUGCAGAAUUAAGGUGCAGAUUCUUCAAGUCAAUCCUGCUGUAAUCUCAGUGUAAUAGACUAAAUUAUGUACUAUAUUCUGUAAAUUGUAUAUGAAGAGCAUGAAUAUUGUUAUUGUAUGCUUUUCAUUUAGUUUGGAAACCAAAUUUGUUGUCUACAGAGAAGAGUGAAUGUCCUAAUGAAUAUUUGCACAAUUUUGAGGUCAAACUGCAACUAGACCGAGUGUCUGAGCUUAAUGGAGUGUUCCAAAUUAACUGAAGCUGGAGGCAAAGCUUGCGUUAUAAAUCAUGUGUAGUUCAAAAGCCAGUCACUAGAGGGUGCUGUAGCACUGUAGCUUUGGGGCUGAUUUGCCCUUUUGAUGUGUUUGUGUAAAAAUCAUUAAAUGUGUAGAUUCAAGAUCAUGUAUGACAAGCAACAAGACACCAAAGCAGGCCGGAUCUGCAGUUUUUUUCUGUCUGUAUUGGAAGCUGCAUUAUAAAGCCCUCGAAAAUAA